GCUCGCUCUGCAAGAUGUAUAAAAACUUGAUAUCUGUUUCAUUUCCACCCCAUAGAAGUGUCCUGAAUUCUCUCUAAUAAACAAUGGCUGAAGUAGCAAAAAGGUAUGCAGUUGUCACAGGAGCAAACAAAGGGUUAGGAUUUGAGAUAUGUAAACAGUUGGCUUCUAAUGGAAUCACAGUGGUUCUAACAGCAAGAGAUGAGAAAAGGGGUCUUGAAGCUGUUGAUAAACUCAAGCAACUUGGUCUGCCUGGCCAUGUUGUUUUUCAUCAGCUUGAUGUCAAUGAUCCUGCAAGUAUAGUAUCAUUUGAAGAUUUCAUACGGACCCAAUAUGGAAAACUUGAUAUCCUGGUGAAUAAUGCAGCAAUAAUGGCAGGAAAUUAUGACCGUGCUGCUUUUGAAGCUUCAGUUGCUGCUGGAGAAAAAGGUAAUUGGACUAGAUUCAUGACUCCAACCGAUGAAUCUGUAGCAGCAGCAAUUAGAACAAACUACUAUGGUGUCAAAGGCAUGUGUGAAGCACUUAUUCCCCUUCUAAAAUCUUCAGACUCAGCAAGGAUUGUUAAUGUUUCUACCACCCUCGGUUGUUUGCAGUUCAUAUCAAAUGGUUGGGCUAAAGGAGUCCUAAGUGAUGUUGAAAGCCUUACAGAGGAAAAAGUGGAUGAGGUUUUGAAUCAGUUCCUAGAAGAUUUUAAAGAGGGUUUAGUAGAAACCAAAGGCUGGCCUACUUUUUUACCUGGAUAUUCAGUCACAAAAGCUGCUUUAAAUGCCUACACAAGGAUUCUUGCCAAGAAGUACCCAACUUUGUACAUCAAUGCUGUUACCCCUGGUUUUGUGAAAACAGAUAUAAACUACAAUAAUGGCCUUUUGAGUGUUGAGGAAGGUGCUCAAAGUGUUGUAAAGUUGGCUUUGCUACCUAAUGGCGGUCCUUCUGGCCUCUUUUUCUCUCGAAGUGAAGUGGCACCAUUUUGAUCAAAAGUCAUUAGUAUUAGCAAAGUUAUAAGAGCACUAGAUAACAUUCCCAUAUAUCUACAGGCUUGAUGUGUGUUUGUAUUAGAUUUUGUAAACAUUAUUUUGAUUGAAAACUUUUAUUUGUGUGGUGCUGAAUCAAUGUUAUUUGAGUAGUAUUAAUAAAAUCA